UCGUCUACAGCGACAACAGUUCAGUUUAAAGCGCGAACGCGACAGUUUUACAGACAGACAGAGAAAUGGUCGCGCCAUAUACAUUAAUCGGACUGCUGAUCGGCUGUCUAGCAUUGGAAUUACCUUGGCAGACACAUGGUCAAUUCUGGAAGAACUCGCAGAAUCAACAUCAGAGCUGGGAGCGAGAGAUGAUUGCAUUACGCGAUUCGGGAAUUUGCUACAAGACUCAAGUUGUUGAGACCUUGAAUCCCGAGCUGAGACAACGACAAAUCUCCUACUGCUGUGACGGUUAUCGCAAUCGGGGCACCUCGAAAAUACUCAAAUGCGAGCCCAUCUGUGAGGAGGAUUGCUCCAAUGGUGUCUGUAUUGCACCUGGCAACUGUGAGUGUGCUCCAGGAUUUUAUAGAGAGCUGGCUCGUUGCCGCAUAUAUGGCGACUAACAUUGACUGCGAAUUGUUAACUAUUUAAAUAUACAUAAUAAAAUUAAAGCCUGCUAUUGAACAUUUAUUUUUGUGUUGUUAGAAUACAAACUCAGAACUAUAUUUAGCAAGUGUCUUAUGCAUAUGUGUGUGUAUUCUUGACUUUCGUAAUACCUCGAGAGCCGGCAUUGUUCAUUGCUUUUGAUUUUUAUUAAAUAAUGUUUUCACGAACAGUCUCCAACAUUGGAAUUUAAAAAUUUUGAUUUAGAAUAUAAAAAAUAAUGGGCAUAAAAAAAAUUUCAAAUUUUAAUUCAUAAUAAAUUUUUCAAAUAUAUUUGACUAAUGCGAUCACGAUUAGAUAUUGGACACAGCAGAUCUAUAGAAUUGAAACGUUAUGCGUAGUAACUGCAAAUGAAAAUUAAACUUAGAUAAAUUCACAUUAUGUAGUAAUUCACUUUUUAAACUACUGAACAAUUUUGAUGUAGGUGAUUGGUCAGUUUUGAUAAUUUUAACAUAACCGUUGCUUUUUGUAAAAUCCAUUGUGAAAAUCAAAUAUUUUACUUACCGAACUCGACAAAACCUUUAAUGCGUUAAAAUUCGUUAAGCUAAUCAAGUGUAAAAGUUUUUACACAAUCAUUUAAUCUAUUUACGGUAAUUUCAUAGUUAAACAAUUCAUCAAUGUUUUGAAAAGUGAACAAAAAUGCCGAAUAGCUACAUUUACUAAAGUUUUUAUAUAGUUACCGAAUGGAAAAUGUGUGUAACCCCAUAAAUCUGUAUACGAAAUUAGAAAAUAAAAAUGAAAAGGAAUCCUAAUUUUAAAGUUAUAUACAUUUUUUAUGAUUCCCGAAAAAUUUGUUGCGAUUAAAUACAAAUCUUAGAAGCUAUUAUGUACUGCAAUUAAUGGCUGCUGCUGUCUGUCUUUUUUGUAUUGCUUGCGAAUCUGGUAUAUUUUUAACUCUAAAUUAAAAAUUUACCUUUUUAAAUAUAGCCUUAGGCAUACUUCAGCAAAUUUUCGAUAUAUAAAUUGGGU